GUGCAGCCUCAAACCAGAGCAGACGCAGGCCGCCAGCAGAACAGCACAGACCGUGUGGGUCUGGAUGGUCACGGUGGAAGCAUGACAUCAUGGAGAAACUUUACCUCCCUGUUUCUCCUUGUGCUCCCCCUGAUUGAGCUGUCAAAGGAGGGCUGUUUGGAUUACCUGUCAGAGAAGGGAAUGGCCAUCAACAAUCUGUCAUAUUUGGUCCCCCUUAUAAAAGCCAAUAGCGCCAAGAACACACUCUUAUGCACUCUGGAAAAAGGGUGCAGUAGGAUUAGAAAUGAAGGCAGAAACGAUACAGAGAAGCUGUGCAGUCUGUAUUAUGACUGCUUUCCAAAUGACUCACAGCUUGACCAGGGAUUAUGUGAAGGGUUCAGUGGUCAGAACAUCUCUGUGUAUAACCUGAGGUGCUUAACAGCCACUGCAAUCAAUCAGGAGAUUAAAUAUAAAGGCUGCAACUAUGAUCAUGUGUGCAAUCUCUAUUCGGAACUGAAAUCUACGGCCGCAGCUUUAACAAGUAAACAUGAAGCAGGUCCUGUUAACAUGAUGAGUUUAUUAAUGAUUUCCAUGAUCCUUAACCUGCUCCUGCCACUGACUGUUUACCUCCUCAUGCGCAUGAGGACACAGAACCGGACUCAGGACCGGAUACACAUGGAUGGACUCUGGAGGGACCCGGGAGAUUGGCCGUUGGAGGCAUCUGAACCCACAUCCCCUGGGAAUGAAGUAGAGACCACGCAGUUAAUGCAGCCCACUGAGUGUCACUCCGUCGUCACAACUUCAGCUGAUACGAUUGAGGAAGACUGCACCGUGGGAAACUCAUUGCAAGGUUAAGGAUCGGAUUUACAGCACUGGCUCUGUGUAUUCUUCAUGCAGCAAAGCUGUGGGAUCAGGAUAUCAGGAGUAUCAGCUCCACACUGCUUCGUAACAGGUGAUGCCUUUUUCGGGGGGAAAAAACUCAAAUGUGAACUUCAAGCAUGAGGAGAAGUGAGAGGGAACGAGCUGCAGCAUGCCAACUCACUGAUUUGUAAAGCAAUCUGUUAUCGCGAUGAACCAUUGCAUUACUGCAGGAAGUGAAAUGAAGGGCAACAGGACCUUAAGGUCACAUCGGACUGGAACAAAUUUUGAGGAAUUUGUGUGUGCCCCAUUUUUGUUUUCACUGACCAGGAGCUGACCAAACAGAAACACAUGGGUAUUAAUAAAGAUGUUGAUUUAGAGACUGUUUCCCAAAGAUGACAGAGAGGACAAAGCAAACACCAGAAUCAGUUUAGUUUAGUUUAUUUUGGUCAUUUUCCAACUUUAUUUUUUUGGGCACUAAAACAAAAGAUAAACCAGAAAAAAAACAAGUACAUUUUAAAUGUCAAAACAAAAUGCUCUCACUGGGAUUAUAAUCACCAAAAAACAUUUUAGAAAACAACUGGCGCAGAUCUUACCAGAGAGGUUGUCUGAUGGUGGGGCUUCAUUACACCUGAUGUCAUAGCUACUGGUUUUUGUUUGCAUCAGCGAUGGCAACGCUUAUAAAAUAUACUCCACAUACUGAAGUUUGCUGUAUACGCUAAGCUAUCUCUAGAGUUAAAGUCUGCAGCCCUUUCCAUAACAGUGUAACCAUAUGAUAUUUCAUAAACUGUGAAAUUAUACCGUAGUUGAAGGGAAAAGUUCUGCCCUCACAAGCUUUGUUAACAGACAUCCAACAGUGUGCGUUUGUCUGUGUGUGUGUGUGUGUGUGUGUGUGUGUGUGUGUGUGUGUGUGUGUGUGUGUGUGUGUGUGUGUGUGUAUGUGUGUGUACAUAUAUUCCUUGGAAAUGUUACAAAUGGCUCUCAAACAUAUUCAAACUAAUUACUAACUACUGACUAAACUAAGUCUUUUUUGCUUCUAGAUUAUGAGCCUGUUUGUACAGUGUUUGUGUUGAAUAAAUUCAUGGUUCAACUCAUGUUCAACCAUUUAGCAAAUGUGAUGUUUUGCUUUUAUACUUUUUGAGUCAUUCAGUUUAUUUAUGGUGCUUUUAAGAGACAGAGUGCGACUGACAAGGUGUUUGUGUGUGUGCAUGUGAGGUUUUACACAUGUAGCUAGGAACUGUGUACUUGUGUACUGUACACUCUGAUCAGGGCUGAAUCAUCAUGUAUAGACUGAAGUAUUUGAAAGGUGAGGAGGCAGAGAUGACCUGCAGGCAGUAAUAAUCUCACUGGUUGAGAUUAAUCUGCGAAAGGUCAACAAAGACAGAAAAAAAAAAAAUCAAUUCAGUUUGAAUUAGUCAGAUAGGUAACUCCCACCCUGAAGCUCCAUCCUCUGAUGUUUAACUCCUCCCCUGUAACUGUGCUACAAGACCAGCUCUGCGUACCACAUAUAAUUACAUAGGUCUACACAAAAUCCAAUGUAUUUACAUAACAAAGAUUCAAAGUUAACUUUAGAAAAGCGAGAUUGUUGAUAUUUUUUAUUUUGGAUUCACAUAUUGGAGAUAAAAUGGAUUUGUGCAUAGUAACCAGAGGAUCUAAGCUAUCACUGGUGUCUGUGUUUUUAUUAUUUAACUCCUGUGGAAUUUUUUGUUUGUAUGUGUUUUGUAAAAAGUGAAGAAAAAAUAUUUUCAUUGUACAUUUACUGUAUGUUUGUGUAGAAUUCUUCUGUGAUUUAAGCUUCUCUCAGACUAUCAUGAUGGUAGCCGUUUUUGGAGAACAUUUAGACACGCCAUGUAAAUGUAAUGUUAAUGUUUUGCUCCAGGCCCGUUCACCUCAGUGUCCUCAGGUCACUUCCAUUGCUCUGUGCCACCAUGGCUUUUUUGAUCCUACCACUGGGGGACACCAAAGUCCAAAAUUAAAAAUUCUUCACAUAGCAACUUUAAAAUGUGUAAACACCAUGACAGUGCUUAACAAAUAAAGUUGACAUUGGUGACA